UCUUUCAGUCUUCCUAUCCAAUCCAGAAAAUAAUUUUCAACUCAUUUUCCCUUAACCCAGUACAAACUUUCUGGGCAUGAAAAUGGCUGCUCAUACUCUCUCAACGCCAGCAACUACUCCACCUGGAAUUUCCCCACAGAAUUGGAAGCACACCAACCACUUUUUUACAGCCCAAAACAUGUUAAAAUCACAGAGUCACACACUACGGGGUCCAUGGCUGGGCUGCACAAGCAGAAUAUCGGUCCAUUCCUCUAAUCUCAGACCCUUUAUCCAAAGACAUCGACCCAUUAAAGCCACUGUCAUUUUUAGCCUGCCCACUUCGAAUCCUGAGAGGGUUGCUUCAGCUGAGAAAGUUCCCAAAUGGUCAGCGAAGGCAAUAAAGUCAUUUGUAAUGUCUGAAUUGGAAGCUAGGAAGCUCAAGUAUCCAACUACUGGGACUGCAGCUCUUCUUAUGGGAAUCUUAAUUGAGGGAACAAAUUUUGCUUCAAACUUUUUGCGGGCAAAUGGAAUUACACUUUCGAAAGUUCGUGAAGAAACUGUAAAGCUACUUGGAAAGGCAGAUAUGUAUUUUUUCAGUCCUGAGCAUCCUCCUUUGACUGAAGAUGCUCAAAGAGCCCUUGAUUGGGCUGUCGAUGAAAAGCUCAAAUCUGGUGACGAUCGGGAAGUUACAACUGCUCACUUGCUACUUGGAGUGUGGUCACAAGACGAAUCACCAGGGCACAAGAUAUUGGCUGCCUUUGGCUUUAAUGAUGAGAAAGCUCAAGAGCUGAAAUCUGUGGAGCAUGUAUUUGCAAGGUUACGCAACUGAAUCUAAUGCUUUAGUCUCCAAAGCUUUUGGCCUUUGGAUGCAUGCUUUUACUUGUGAGACUAACUCAACUUUGAUUUGAUUCGGCGGAGUUUGAUCUGAUCGUCUGUUUUGCUGGCUUCUCUUGUUGUGCAAGCACUGUAAUAAAUAGAGAUUAGCUAUCCCGGAGAGUAAAUCGAUAGAGUGAUCAGAGUAACCAUUUUC